AAGAAAAAAAGAGAAUAAAGCGAAGAAGAAUAAAGCUAAGUAAAGAAAAAUUAACUCCCAAAAAACGAAACCUAGAAGAAGCAUUGGUGUUCCUUAGUUUCGUCACUCGCUCCAAUCUCAGAGUCAAAGUGAUGGCCGCAACAACAGCAACAUCACUCACUCUUUCAAAACCUUCUUCUCUGCCAUUCAAUCAUACCCAUGCUUUUCCUAAAACGCCCUCAACACUUCCCACCCUCCUUCGUUCCGCCGUCAAACCUCUCUUCCUCGUAUCCUCCAAAAACCCCCUUUCCGAUGUUAUCUCUUUGCCCGCCGCAGAAGACAGCGCGUGGGAUGAUGAGAAGCCUCGCGAGGAGUGCGGCGUCGUAGGCAUCUACGGCGACCCGGAGGCCUCCCGUCUCUGCUACCUCGCCCUUCACGCGCUCCAGCACCGCGGCCAGGAAGGCGCCGGAAUCGUAACCGUUCACAACGACGUCCUCCAAUCCAUCACCGGCGUGGGCCUCGUCUCCGACGUCUUCAACGAGUCCAAGCUUGACCAGCUCCCCGGCAGCCUCGCCAUCGGCCACGUCCGUUACUCCACCGCCGGUCAGUCCAUGCUAAAAAACGUCCAGCCUUUCGUCGCUGGUUACAGAUUCGGCUCCGUUGGGGUCGCGCAUAACGGUAACCUCGUCAACUACCGCGCUCUUCGGUCCGACCUCGAGGACUCUGGCUCCAUCUUCAACACCACCUCUGACACCGAGGUCGUCCUCCACCUCAUCGCCACCUCCAAGCACCGCCCCUUCAUCCUCCGCAUCGUCGACGCCUGCGAGAAGCUGAAGGGCGCCUACUCCCUCGUCUUUGUUACCGAGGACAAACUGGUGGCCGUUCGUGAUCCCUUCGGGUUCCGUCCCCUCGUCAUGGGGAGGAGAAGCAACGGCGCUGUCGUCUUCGCCUCCGAAACCUGCGCGCUUGAUUUGAUCGAAGCGACGUACGAGAGGGAGGUUUUUCCGGGCGAGGUUCUCGUGGUGGAUAAAAACGGUGUUCAGAGUCUCUGCCUAAUGUCCCAUCCUCAACCCAAGCAAUGCAUUUUCGAGCAUAUCUACUUCGCGCUUCCGAAUUCGGUUGUUUUCGGGAGGUCUGUGUACGAGUCCCGCAGAAGAUUCGGGGAGAUUUUAGCCACUGAGAGUCCCGUGGACUGCGAUGUUGUGAUUGCUGUUCCUGAUUCUGGGGUUGUGGCUGCUCUUGGGUAUGCUGCAAAAGCUGGGGUUCCCUUUCAGCAGGGUUUGAUCAGGUCACACUAUGUUGGGAGGACUUUCAUUGAGCCCUCUCAGAAGAUUAGGGACUUUGGUGUGAAGCUGAAGCUAUCACCGGUGCGUGCUGUGCUUGAGGGUAAACGUGUGGUGGUUGUGGAUGAUUCCAUUGUGAGAGGAACCACCUCGUCCAAGAUUGUUAGGUUGUUGAAGGAAGCUGGUGCCAAGGAGGUUCACAUGAGGAUUGCUAGCCCUCCCAUUAUUGGGUCUUGUUACUAUGGGGUUGAUACUCCCAGUACAGAAGAGUUGAUUUCUAAUAGAAUGAGUGUGGAAGAGAUAAGGAAUUUCAUUGGGUCGGAUUCACUGGCAUUUUUGCCCUUUGAUAGCUUGCAGAAGUUGCUGGGGAGUGAAAGCCCUAAUUUCUGCUAUGCUUGCUUCUCUGGGAAUUACCCUGUUGAGCCUACAGAGCUCAAGGUGAAGAAGGUUGGGGACUUUGUUGAUGAUGGCUUGAAUGGGAGCUUGGACUCUAUUGGUGGUGGUUGGGUUCAAGCAAACCGAAAGCAAAUAGAGAUUGGUAGUUAGUGGUAAUAGUUUUUCACAAUUAUCUCCUGUUUCUGGUUUUGUUGCAGUGUUAAGCCUAAUGGAUACUACUUAUGUGAUGUGGUGAGAGAUAGUAUCGGUAAAACCAUUCUUUCAACCAUACCGGUGAGCUUCUGAAGACCGAUUAUACGUUUCUCAUCUGAUAUAUGGAGCUGCUUUUGUUAUUUAGAAUUUAGAACAAACCAUGGUAUAAAAACUUUUGAUACUUUUCAUUA